AGCUGGUGGUGGCUGUCCAGUGUAGACGUCACAGAUGCGGUGUGAACUGCGAAGAGGAGCAAUUUAGCUGAAUCUAAAUCUACAGUGAAGGUUAGCAGGUUAACAGGUGUACAGGUGAGCAGGUGAACAGGUGAGGAGAUGUUGCGUUGGCUGCUGGGAGCUGCGCUGCUGGCUCCAGCGGUCGGCUUCUACCUCCCGGGUCUGGCACCUGUGAGCUUCUGUGAGCCUGGGAAAGACCAAGUCCCAGACUGCAAGUCGACCAUUGAGCUGUUUGUGAACAGGUUGGAUUCAGUGGAGUCUGUUCUGCCUUAUGAAUAUACUGCGUUUGACUUCUGCUCAGAGAAAACAAUGAAACGACCAUCAGAGAAUCUGGGCCAGGUUCUUUUUGGGGAGAGGAUCGAACCCUCACCAUACAAGUUUGAGUUUAAGAAACCUGUGGCGUGUCAGAAGGUGUGUACCAGAACCUACAACACCGACAACCCGUCAGACAAAGCCAAACUGGACUUCCUCAAGAAAGGCAUGUUACUCAACUACCAGCAUCACUGGAUUGUGGAUAACAUGCCAGUCACCUGGUGCUAUGAUGUUGAAGAUGGACAGAAGUUCUGUAAUCCUGGUUUCCCUAUUGGCUGUUUCGUCACAGAAGCAGGUCGGCCCAAAGAUGCCUGCGUGGUGAACUCUAACUUUAAUGAAAAGGAUGCUUUUUACAUCUUUAACCAUGUGGACAUCACCAUCCAUUACCACAUCGUUGAGCAUGAACAACUGGGAGCGCGAUUGGUUGCUGCCAAGAUUGAACCCAAAAGCUAUGACAACCCUAACGAAGAAAGCCCUGCUUGUUCUGGGGGGCCCAAGUUCCUGAAAAACAAACAUACAGGAUUGUUUGAGAUCCCAUACACCUACUCUGUCAACUUUGUGGAAGACAAGAAUAUUCGUUGGGCGUCUAGAUGGGACUACAUCCUGGAGUCGAUGCCUCACACCAACAUCCAGUGGUUCAGCAUAAUGAACUCAUUGGUGAUUGUGUUGUUCCUGUCUGGAAUGGUAGCUAUGAUCAUGCUGAGGACUCUGCAUAAAGAUAUCGCCAGAUACAAUCAGAUGGACUCUGUGGAGGAUGCUCAGGAGGAGUUUGGAUGGAAGUUGGUCCAUGGAGAUGUUUUCCGACCUCCCAGGAAGGGAAUGCUGCUGUCUGUUUUCCUCGGCUCUGGAACCCAGAUCUUCAUUAUGACCUUUGUCACCCUUUUCUUUGCCUGUCUUGGGUUCCUCUCUCCAGCAAACCGUGGGGCUCUGAUGACAUGUGCUGUUGUUCUCUGGGUUCUUCUGGGAACUCCUGCUGGAUAUGUGGCUGCUCGACUUUACAAAUCUUUUGGAGGAGAGAAAUGGAAGACCAACGUUCUGCUGACAGCCUUCCUCUGUCCUGGGGUGGUGUUUGCAGAUUUCUUUGUGAUGAACUUGAUCCUGUGGGGUGAAGGCUCUUCAGCAGCCAUGCCAUUUGGGACCCUGGUAGCCAUAUUGGCUCUUUGGUUCUGUAUCUCAGUGCCUCUUACCUUUAUAGGAGCAUACUUUGGCUUCAAGAAGGCAGGUAUCGAGCACCCAGUGCGGACCAAUCAGAUUCCUCGUCAAGUCCCAGAGCAGUCAUUCUACACAAAGCCUUUCCCUGGUAUCAUCAUGGGAGGAAUUCUGCCUUUUGGAUGUAUAUUUAUUCAGCUGUUCUUCAUAUUAAACUCCAUCUGGUCCCAUCAGAUGUACUACAUGUUUGGCUUCCUUUUCCUUGUCUUCAUCAUCCUGGUCAUCACCUGCUCCGAGGCCACCAUCCUGCUUUGCUACUUCCACUUAUGUGCCGAGGACUACCAUUGGCAGUGGCGUUCCUUCCUGACCAGCGGCUUCACUGCUGUCUAUUUCCUGGUCUACGCCAUUCAUUACUUCUUCUCUAAGCUGCAAAUUACUGGACUGGCCAGCACCAUCCUGUACUUCGGAUACACAAUGGUUAUGGCUCUCAUCUUUUUCCUAUUUACAGGUUCAAUCGGCUUCUUUGCCUGUUUUUGGUUUGUUACCAAGAUCUACAGUGUGGUCAAAGUGGACUGAAGAUUCCAAACUCUCAAGACUAUUGAGUGGCAACUGUUUGUCUCGCAUAAACCUCUGGAACGUUCAGCACUGUCAAACUGAACUGAACUUUACAAUGUGAACCUUCACCUCCCAUUUCUCAAGCAGAGAGAACUGUGCCUCCGACAGACGACAACUGUCUUUCUUUGUGAGCAUGUGACUGGGUUGUCAUUUUGAACAAAGAGUAUCUAUCUGCAUAUAAUCUGAAUAAGCCUGUUCCCAGUAUGUGAUACAUAGAAAGUCAGCUCAUACCAUGCCACCUUUCACACAGUGCAGUGACCCACAGCUGGACUGUGCUGAGAGCGUGUCAGCCAUCAUGUCAUGCAUUUAAGUUUUUAUUUGUUUCAUGAUCCAUGCACACUGUGUUUGCAGAUGUAGAGGGAAAUUGCAGUCGGGCAAAUAAAGCUGUGGGGCUCUGCUUCUUAUCAGCUGCUUUUUCAGACCAGUCCUGUUAAAAUGUGCCCUUGUCACCAUUUUGCGUCUAACACGUGUUCCAAAAAUGUGUUAACGUCCACAUUUCCACACCAAAGGGUUCAAUAGGGAUUUUCCAAAUUAUUGUUGAACAGUUUUCAUUUCUGUGAAGUGAGGGGUGGAUUGCUGAUGAAUCCUGCUGAUUACAGAAAGCCAAAGUCCAGUCUCACUUUGGUGGAGGCGACUUGUCCUUGCAACUAAUGCAAACUGAAAAAUUGUGGCAUUGUUGGGAUGUAUUUUUACAAAGGUCCCUGGAACCUUGUGCUUUCCUGUUCUGUCAGUUUUUCACAAUUUGUUACAUGCAUUUCUCUAUACUGAGCUCACUUUUAAAAAACAUCUACAUGGUUCUCUUAAACAACAUGCUUCCCUUGGCUUUAUUUUCCUAAACUUCAGUCAUUCUAGUGAUGCAGUACAAAACAAAUGUGUACAUGUGCAUGCCGAGGACAGCCUCAGAUCUAGAUACACAGCAGUGCAAGUGAACCCUUCUGUAUUUGGCCACAAGCUUUCAUGGAGAUCAGACCUUAUGUUCGCUCUGACCCCUUUCAUAGAGGUAAUCCAGGAAUGUAAUUAAUAUGUUUGUUUUUUAGAUGUUGAUGUAGAAAAUUGCAGUCUAAUUUAUGAUGGGCUUUAACAUAUAUUUAACUAAAAGUUUAAAUUAUAUUUAACAGUGUUCAAGCACUAUGUGACAAUGCACUAAAAGCACUGUAAAGCCAUAUAUUUGGAAGUUGAGUAUUAGUGAACCAAUUUAAGAAAUUUGAAAGAUGUCGAUUACUUUUUAUUGCUCUACCAGAAAAAUAACAAUCGACUGCUGUUUUGCUCAAUGAAAAUCUUUGAAAAAUAAUUAAUUCAGAACUAACUGUAACCAACUGUAAAAAACAAUAUAUACAUGUGUAUUCUGAGCCAUAAGUGAAGUUCGAGAGACAAGAGAUUAAACAGGCAGAAAUUUCCUCCCCUAGUCCAAUCACCGUCCCUCACAACCCAACACCACACACCAUACUAUUGCUUCGGUAUCAAGUCAGGAAUAAAUACAUUUCUUUACCUUGUCAGUGUGAAAUUGGUGAAAGUCAUUCUUGUGAGAGCCAACCAACAUAAGACAAACUCACAUCCUUUGUGAAGUCAGUUUCUUUGACAAACUGACUGACUGCUUAUUAUUUUCAGCUCUUGUAAGUUGGUUUUCCCUUGUUAGAAAAGUUCUGUAGAACUGCACGGUUUGAUGUGAUUCAGUGAAGCAGGACAUGAAUCAGAGGCUUUACCUUGACCUUUUUACCUUAAUUGCGUUUGAAACGUGUUUUGUAAGUAAUUAUGCCAUACGUACUGACAUUUUAUAUUCCUGAAGCCAAAGAAAAGCAUGGAUUAAUUAAUUGAUUCUUGUUUGAAUUUGGAAUUACCCUAUAUUAAACUUUUGUCUGAGUUGUUUUUUUUUCUGUUUUUUUAUCAAUUAAAUAAUCACAUUUAAGGUUUCAAGAUGGAGGCUUUCUAAGAAUUGUGAGUUGGAGCUUGAUUAAGUCACAAGGGACACAAGAAUGUGUGAAUGUAUGGCUCCAUUGACAGUUGUUGCUCUGGUCACUGAAGGUUCAGAUAAUAUUUAAUAGGUUGUGAAAGCUACUGUCAAAUAGCUCUAGCUCAAUGACAGUUCUAUGUGAUGGAGAUUUUCCUCCAUGUCAUUGUGUUGCAACAUAGGAGAAUUCAUCCAUCUGCAUUUUAAUAAAUUAAGUAAAUUAUUUGUUUGAAUGAGCAGCUGAUGAAGUGAUAUAAGCCGUCUGUGUAUUGUUUGAUCGUUUGCUAAAGCACUGCUUACAGAAUUACAAUUUGUGAUGUUACUUCUGCCUUCUUGUUAUCGCUAUAGACAGAUUGUACAUCCCUCAUCACCGAUCUAACUGAUGGGUUCAGGAGUUGGCAAUGCCUUGAUGUUGCAAUGGUUUUGUGUGGUUGCCGGUCUACAACAAAAGCUGAGAGGCAGACUGUUCAACACUGGUCAGUUUUUAUAACGUAAGCUUUAGUGACCAAAAUAUUACAUUCAUCUCUUUAGAGCUAGAUGACAGUGCCGGACCAGAAAAUUGGGCUUUUGUGGUUGAUAUACACUGCCUAUAAAAAAAAGUUUUCACAUACCCUUUGAAGUUUCCAUGUUUUAGAAUUUUAAAAAGGAACGAACAGAUAUAGGACUAAUGUCCUUAAGGAUCAGAAUAUAUUGAUAAUUCAAAGAAAGUGUGCUGGAAUGCUGACAACUGUAAUUGCAAAGCAUUGCUGAAAUACAGAAGUAUUAUAACGCAGACAUUUCAGACAGUUCUGAAAAACCUAAAAAAAACCUGUA